CUGGGAUAGGAGCGGCAGGAGCAGCGUUGGCACCGGCGAACCAUGGCUGGGAUUUUCUAUUUCGUCCUCUUUUCGUUUCUCUUUGGGAUUUGCGACGCUGUCACCGGUUCCAGGGUGUACCCCGCGAACGAAGUUACCUUAUUGGAUUCCAGAUCUGUGCAGGGAGAACUUGGAUGGAUAGCGAGCCCCUUGGAAGGAGGGUGGGAAGAAGUGAGCAUUAUGGAUGAAAAAAAUACCCCAAUUCGAACCUAUCAAGUGUGUAAUGUGAUGGAACCCAGUCAAAAUAACUGGCUCCGAACUGAUUGGAUCACCCGAGAAGGAGCUCAGAGAGUGUACAUUGAGAUUAAGUUCACCUUGAGGGACUGCAAUAGUCUUCCAGGCGUCAUGGGGACCUGUAAGGAGACCUUCAACCUUUAUUACUAUGAAUCUGACAAUGACAAAGAGCGUUUCAUCCGGGAGAGCCAAUUUGGUAAGAUCGACACCAUCGCUGCCGACGAGAGCUUCACCCAAGUGGACAUUGGUGACAGGAUCAUGAAGCUCAACACCGAAAUCCGGGAUGUGGGACCCUUGAGCAGAAAAGGAUUCUACUUGGCAUUUCAGGAUGUAGGUGCUUGCAUCGCCUUGGUGUCGGUCCGUGUGUUCUAUAAGAAAUGUCCCCUCACUGUGCGCAAUUUGGCCCAGUUUCCCGACACCAUCACUGGGGCCGAUACUUCUUCCCUGGUGGAAGUUCGAGGCUCUUGUGUCAACAACUCGGAAGAGAAGGAUGUGCCAAAAAUGUACUGCGGGGCAGAUGGUGAAUGGCUGGUCCCCAUUGGCAACUGCUUGUGCAACGCUGGGCAUGAGGAGCGCAAUGGUGAAUGCCAAGCCUGCAAAAUUGGAUAUUACAAGGCCCUCUCCACGGAUGCCACUUGUGCCAAGUGCCCACCCCACAGCUACUCAGUCUGGGAAGGAGCCACCUCAUGCACCUGUGAUCGAGGCUUUUUCAGAGCCGACAAUGAUGCUGCCUCCAUGCCCUGUACCCGUCCACCGUCUGCUCCCCUCAACUUGAUUUCAAAUGUCAAUGAGACCUCAGUGAACUUGGAAUGGAGCAGUCCACAGAACACAGGUGGCCGCCAGGACAUUUCUUACAAUGUGGUUUGCAAGAAAUGUGGAGCUGGUGAUUCCAGCAAGUGUCGACCCUGUGGGAGUGGAGUUCACUACACUCCACAACAGAAUGGCUUGAAGACUACCAAAGUCUCCAUCACUGACCUCCUCGCUCACACCAAUUACACAUUUGAAAUCUGGGCAGUGAAUGGAGUAUCCAAGUAUAACCCAAGCCAGGACCAGUCAGUAUCUGUCACUGUGACAACCAAUCAAGCAGCACCCUCAUCUAUUGCGUUGGUCCAAGCUAAAGAAGUUACAAGAUACAGUGUUGCUCUGGCUUGGUUGGAACCAGAUCGGCCCAAUGGAGUGAUCUUGGAAUAUGAAGUCAAGUAUUAUGAGAAGGAUCAGAAUGAGCGUAGCUAUCGGAUCGUCCGGACUGCUUCUAGGAACACAGAUAUUAAAGGCUUAAACCCUUUGACUUCCUAUGUUUUUCACGUCCGAGCCAGGACAGCAGCUGGCUAUGGAGACUUCAGUGAGCCCCUGGAGGUUACAACCAACACAGUGCCAUCUCGGAUCAUUGGCGAUGGAGCUAACUCUACAGUCCUUCUGGUGUCCGUUUCAGGCAGUGUGGUGCUGGUGGUAAUCCUCAUCGCUGCUUUUGUCAUCAGCAGGAGACGGAGUAAAUACAGUAAAGCAAAACAAGAAGCAGAUGAAGAGAAACAUUUGAACCAAGGUGUUAGAACUUAUGUUGAUCCUUUUACUUAUGAAGAUCCCAAUCAAGCUGUUAGAGAAUUUGCCAAAGAAAUCGAUGCAUCCUGCAUUAAGAUUGAAAAAGUCAUAGGAGUUGGUGAGUUUGGGGAAGUGUGUAGUGGACGUCUCAAAGUGCCUGGGAAGAGAGAAAUCUUUGUAGCCAUCAAGACUCUGAAAGCUGGUUAUACAGACAAACAGAGGAGAGACUUCCUGAGUGAGGCCAGCAUCAUGGGACAGUUUGACCACCCAAAUAUAAUUCACCUGGAAGGCGUUGUCACCAAAUGUAAACCAGUAAUGAUCAUAACAGAGUACAUGGAGAAUGGCUCCCUGGAUGCAUUCCUAAGGAAGAAUGAUGGCAGAUUUACAGUCAUUCAGCUGGUAGGCAUGCUUCGUGGUAUUGCAUCUGGAAUGAAGUAUUUAUCUGAUAUGAGCUAUGUACAUCGAGACCUGGCUGCACGGAAUAUUCUGGUUAAUAGCAAUUUGGUCUGCAAAGUGUCUGAUUUUGGCAUGUCCCGAGUGCUUGAAGAUGAUCCAGAAGCAGCUUAUACCACGAGGGGUGGCAAGAUUCCUAUCCGGUGGACUGCGCCAGAAGCCAUUGCCUAUCGUAAAUUCACAUCAGCAAGUGAUGUAUGGAGCUAUGGCAUCGUUAUGUGGGAAGUGAUGUCGUAUGGAGAGAGACCCUACUGGGAUAUGUCCAAUCAAGAUGUGAUUAAAGCCAUAGAGGAAGGCUACAGAUUACCCCCUCCGAUGGACUGCCCCAUUGCACUCCACCAGCUGAUGCUAGAUUGCUGGCAGAAGGAGAGAAGUGACAGACCUAAAUUUGGGCAGAUUGUCAACAUGUUGGACAAACUCAUCCGAAAUCCCAACAGCUUGAAGCGAACGGGGACCGAAAGCUCCAGACCCAACACUGCCUUGUUGGACCCAAGCUCCCCUGAAUUCUCUGCUAUGGUAUCUGUGGGCGAUUGGCUCCAUGCCAUUAAAAUGGAUCGAUAUAAGGACAACUUCACGGCUGCAGGCUAUACCACACUAGAGGCUGUAGUUCACAUGAACCAGGAUGACCUGGCUAGAAUUGGCAUCACCUCUGUGACUCACCAGAAUAAGAUUUUGAGCAGUAUCCAGGCAAUGAGAACCCAGAUGCAGCAGAUCCAUGGCAGAAUGGUUCCUGUUUGAGCCAGUACUGACUAAACUCAAAACUCUUGAAAAUUAGUUUACCUCAUCCAUGCACUUUAAUUGAAGAACUGCACUUUUUUUACUUCGCCUUCACCCUCUGAAGUGAAAGAAAACAAACAAACAAACAAACAAACAAAAAGCAUCUGCCAGCAUCUUUCGGUGUACAGAUUGCUGAAUCGGUGGGGCUCACAGAAAUGAUGACUGUCAUUUGCAUCCGACCUGGAAGAAGUCGUUUCUCCAAAGUCCUUCCAUCCCGUUUGUAAGAUACACAUACCUAUAUAAAUAGAACACCACCUCUGAGUUGUAAUGCCAUCUUUGCCACCAAACCUGGGCUUCUCUGAGACAUCCUGGGAUCCUUUCUCCAUUUGGAAUUACAUCGUAUUUUGUUUGUGGCAUAUAUUACAGUUACCCUUUCACUGGAAUGAAGAUCAUGCCCAGGAACAUUGAUGAAGUUCUUGGGGGUGGAUGUGAAGGCUUGGAAAAAAAAAAACAUAAACCCAUGGGGGAAAAAAAAAACAAAAACUACCACUGAGGUGAAAGCCUCCACCAGGCUCCUCCACAGUGUUGUAACUUCAGUACUCAGGUCACCUGGUAGUAGUUGAUGGCGUGAGGGUCUGAAAAGAAAAGGAAAAUGGAUUUUUAUAAUAAUAAUAAUUAAUAAUAAUAACCCAACACCAUACCCUGUUCUGGACAAAGAAGGUCUAUUUCUCUGGGCCUGGCUGUAUCAUUUAAGUCUUCUUUAGAGACAUUACAAACUUAUCAUAACUCCCUUAUGGAUAGCGGACUGUGACAGUCUGGAGUAGGGGAUGGUCACACUUCCCUCCUUCAAAGAAGCAAUCCCAACUCUACAAGGGAAUAGAUUCUGCUAUCUUGGUCUCACAGCCCUUCCUGUUGAUUACAAAGCCCACAGAAGAAAACAGAAUACGCCUUCCUCAGUUCCUUCCAAAUGGGAUUCUUCUGCUCCUCAACGAUGCCUGUUCAGGAGCAAAGACGUGGAUGAAACAAGACCCAGACCUGAAAGGAAUCAAGAUAUUACCUUCUGAUCCCAUUUCCCAGUGAAAGAAACAGCCAAUAUUCAAGCUUCAGCAUCUGUUCUUCAGUCACAUUAAGGAAUGCCCCGCUGUGCAGCACCAUCUCUGCAUAGCCCUUGUUCCCAAACUCCUUGUGGUUUUAUUUAUAUUUGUUUCCACAUCUCCUUUCUGGAUGUCACUGCUGCAUUGGUGUGGCAGCCAGUGACCAAAGACUACAGGUUUAACUAUGGACGCCAGGUCAGGUGCCACCACAUAAAGCCAGUUCCUGUGAGCUGCCUCUGAUAUGCAUUGCUGAAGUUAACAUUUUACCCAGGGUGUGCCAUUGCCGUGAUACAAAUAUAUUUUUUUCCUAGACUAAAUAUGAGCUGACUAUCUCUUUUGAAGUGUGUAAAUAGGUGUGCGAGUGUGUGUGUGUGUGUGUGUGUGUUUGUAACCUCAUGCUUAGAACUGCCUGUGAAUGUUGCGAAUGAACAUGAGAGUUCUGGUUUGCCACCAAGUAUCGAGAUAAAGAACCACAUGAGAUAGUGGGCCUGGACAACUAUGCCCCAUCCCCUUAUAAAAACAACCUGGAUGUGUUCAAUGCCCUGUAUCUCUAAGUAUUCUGUAGCUGCCACACUAAUCUUAAUAUGUAAUUCUACAGUUUUGGACAGAGGCAUUUCUGCCUUAGUGGUGGAUUGGCUUUUGUAUGUGAAUACAUACAGGUGACAACCAUCGUCAAAACUACGGAAUUUGAUUGAACUCAUCUGAGACAUCAGUUUCUUGGUGGAGAGAGAGAAGGGGAUGAAAUAUAUCUGGUAACUCAAAUGGAAUACAAGUAGCCUUUGUUUUCCUGCAUAAAUGGACUUGUUGAAUGCGAACAAAUAUAUGCAAUUCAUAUACAUGCAGAGAUGAGCGUAGAUGUGUGUGUCGGCUUUGAGAUGAUGUAUCCUGGGUUAAUACUUUGUCUCCCAAUGUCACAGAAAAACAAAAUACAUGCCAGUGACACUUGAGGUUAGUGUAGUUGGAAUUAAUUGGCCUCAAGUAAUUUCAGGUUCCCUAUUGACAUGGAAAGUUAAAAAUAUGCAGCUAACUCCUUUGGCCCUCAAAAGUACAUCAGCCUUCUAGAAUACGAGGUUCGGUGUGCGAAGACUGAAUUUGGAUAUGAUAUAUACCAAACUCCAGCCAAGAUACUGCCAUUUUUCAUAAUCUGAGUGGCUGCCUUGCUUAUUCUAAGGUAUGGUUGCAGAAACUGUGACCAUUUAUAUAAGCUAGAACAUCAAAUCAGGGAAAAAAAUGGGGAAAAGAAUUCUGAGCCCUAUGUUGUUGAAUUAAAUAGAGAAAUUCAUCAAUAAAUAUUUAUUACAUUCUGACAGGGUGUAUGGCAUUGUAUUUUCAUAACUAUGCCAGAGUGACAAAGUUAAUUCACCCCUUUUAGGGGAAUUUAAUAUAUUUUUAAAGGGAUGUGCCUAUGCAUUGAUGCCUGAAAAAUAUGUACAAAGGAAUGAGGCUGAAUCUCUGAACGGGUCAUCUUUCUCCAGAGGUCAGGGCAGGAAACCAACUUCAGAGACUGUGUCUAGCCCCAGGAGUGAGUUCUAGCCUGUUGAGCUUGGAAGCUCAGUCAAGUUCAGGCCACCAUUGGGUAGAUUUCCACUGUUCUCCUGCUUCACCAUGUGUCCACUGUCCCCAAAUUAUUUUGAACAAUUCGACGAAUAAAAUGUUCUAGUGUAUUUUUAAGUAGUUAUUUUCCAAAUAGGUUGUACUCACUACACUGAUGGGGUGUGUGUUUUAAGACCUCUUGUAUUCAAUCUGUGAAGGAUAUGUGUAUUCAUACACACUGAUAGCCUCAAAAUUUGUCUGAAGACACUUAAAUUCUAAUCCAUAAAGGAAAGUUCUAGAAGCAAUAUUUUCACUUAUUUAACAUGCUCCAAACAACAUCAAACAUUGAUACACACUGCAGAGUGCAUUUAUUUUUUGUAUCACUCCAAUUAUGUUGGAAUAUGCAAGGACUGUGGUUAAAAUUAGAAUGUAUAAGGCAUAUUAUAAUUUAGUUCAUACUGAAAAAAAAAAGUUAACAGAACAUUGCUUGGUUUUCAUACAUGUUCCAGAAUUCCAGCUAUCUCUUGAGUUAGACAUAGAUUUUCUAUUUUGUUUUGACUUGUCAAGGUAUUUUUCUUCCCUUCAUGAACUUUAGGUACACAUAACUUAUGUCAUUUAUUUAUGGUCUUUUAUACCUAGUUUGUAAAAUUGUAAAAUAGCAAACUAAAUGCAAAGAGUUUGCAUUUGAAAAUAAUAAAGUAGUUGCCGUAUACAAA